AAAAAUUAUAAUAUAACAAAUAUAUAAAUUACUUAAAAUAUUAUAUUUAUUAUAUUUUUAAAAAUAUAUAAUGAAACAUAAACCUGCGUGUCUACGCGGUUUAUCACCUAGUAUUUCAUAAAAUGGGUCUUAUAGACCACUAAGAAGAUCAAACGGGGUUAUUCCGAAACUGUUCAAGAUUUCGGUGUUAUUUGUAAAUAUCGGUAAUAUAUUUAGAACGAUGAUAUUAAUACAAGAAACCCUAGUCUCUCUCUGCUUCCCUUCUCCCUCCCUACUCUCUCUUAUAACGGCGACCAGGUUAGUGAUACGCUUCGGGUAUCGUCUCCACACGAGUGAUUGGAUCUCUGCUCUUUGUUAUCGGAUCUCAUCGAAUUCAUCAGUUUAUCGAAUCGUUUGUGUUUGUUGAUUGGAAGAGGCAAAUUGGUGUAUCGAUUUCGUGUGAGCUCGUCUUGCCUGUUCGUCUGAAACAUGGCGCAUUUCGCCAAACCAGAGAAUGCACUGAAGCGUGCUGAUGAAUUGAUCAAUGUUGGACAGAAACAAGAUGCUCUCCAGGCACUUCAUGAUCUCAUUACCUCCAAGAGAUACAGAUCUUGGCAGAAACCACUUGAGAAGAUCAUGUUUAAGUACCUGGAUCUCUGUGUAGACUUGAAGAGGGGUCGGUUCGCCAAGGAUGGAUUGAUCCAGUACCGUAUUGUUUGCCAGCAAGUGAAUGUCAGUUCAUUGGAGGAAGUAAUCAAGCACUUCCUACAUCUUUCUACCGAGAGAGCUGAGCAGGCUCGCUCUCAGGCUGAUGCCUUGGAAGAGGCCCUUGAUGUCGAUGAUCUUGAAGCUGAUAGAAAGCCUGAAGACUUGCAGCUGAGUAUUGUCAGUGGGGAGAAGGGAAAAGAUAGAUCUGACCGUGAGUUGGUCACCCCUUGGUUCAAGUUUCUGUGGGAGACGUACAGAACAGUGCUUGAGAUAUUGCGAAACAACUCGAAGUUGGAAGCACUUUAUGCGAUGACAGCACAUAAAGCCUUCCAGUUCUGUAAGCAGUUCAAGCGAACAACGGAGUUCCGUAGGCUUUGUGAAAUCAUUAGGAACCAUUUGGCAAACCUGAACAAAUACAGAGACCAAAGGGACAGACCUGACUUAUCAGCCCCUGAAAGCUUGCAACUAUAUCUGGAUACAAGGUUUGAUCAGUUGAAAGUUGCUACUGAGCUUGGACUUUGGCAGGAAGCUUUUCGUUCUGUAGAAGAUAUUUAUGGAUUGAUGUGCAUGGUCAAAAAAACGCCCAAGUCAUCUUUAUUGAUGGUCUACUACUCCAAAUUGACCGAGAUCUUCUGGAUUUCUUCUAGCCAUCUUUAUCAUGCUUAUGCAUGGUUCAAGCUGUUUGGUCUACAGAAAAACUUCAACAAGAACUUAAGCCAAAAGGAUUUGCAGCUAAUUGCAUCAUCUGUUGUCUUGGCCGCAUUAUCCGUUCCACCGUUUGAUCGGGCUCACAGUGCGUCCCACUUGGAACUUGAAAAUGAGAAAGAACGCAAUUUGAGGAUGGCCAACCUCAUAGGAUUCAAUCUUGAACCUAAAUUUGAGGGCAGAGACAUGCUAUCCCGGUCUGCUCUUCUGUCAGAGCUGGUUUCGAGAGGAGUUUUGAGCUGUGCAUCUCAGGAGGUCAAAGAUCUUUUCCAUAUUUUGGAGCAUGAGUUUCACCCACUCGAUCUUGGAUCCAAGAUUCAGCCUUUGUUGGAAAAAAUCUCGAAAUCUGGUGGGAAGCUGUCGUCUGCUCCUUCUUUGCCAGAAGUGCAGCUCUCCCAGUAUCUUCCUUCUUUGGAGAAGCUUGCUACUCUGAGGCUACUUCAACAGGUGUCUAAGAUAUAUCAGACUAUAAGAAUUGAGAGCUUAUCUAAGCUGGUCCCCUUCUUCGAAUUCUCAGUGGUAGAGAAGAUAUCAGUCGAUGCAGUGAAAAACAAUUUUGUUGCCAUGAAAGUUGAUCACAUGAAGGGUGUUGUAAUUUUUGGUAAUUUGGGUAUUGAAUCUGAUGGACUGAGAGACCAUCUGGCUGUUUUUGCCGAGUCCUUGAGCAAAGUAAGAGCUAUGCUGUAUCCUGUCCCAAGUAAAGCAUCAAAACUAGGUGGCAUAGUACCAAAUCUAGCGGAUACUGUUGAGAAAGAGCACAAAAGACUCCUUGCUCGGAAAUCAAUCAUUGAAAAGAGGAAAGAGGAUCAAGAACGUCAGCAACUAGAAAUGGAACGAGAAGAGGAGCAGAAGCGGCUUAAGAUGCAGAAGUUAACUGAGGAGGCAGAACAAAAGAGACUUGCGGCAGAGGUUCUGGAGAGAAGGAAACAAAGAAUCCUUAGGGAAAUAGAGGAGAAGGAACUUGAGGAAGCUCAGGCGUUGCUGGAGGACACAGAGAAGCGCAUGAAAAAGGGAAAGAAGAAGCCGCUUUUAGAUGGAGAGAAGGUGACAAAGCAAACUGUGAUGGAGAGGGCCUUAACUGAGCAGCUCAAGGAAAGGCAGGAAUUGGAGAAAAAGCUCCAGAAACUUGCCAAAACUAUGGAUUAUUUGGAACGAGCAAAGAGAGAAGAGGCUGCUCCAUUGAUUGAAGCUGCAUAUCAGCGAAGACUGGUAGAGGAAAGAGAGUUUUAUGAACGCGAGCAACAGCGUGAAGUUGAACUCAGUAAAGAGCGUCAUGAGAGUGACUUGAAGGAGAAGAACAGGUUGUCCAGAAUGUUGGAUAAAAAGGAAAUAUUCCAAGAGCAAGUGAUUAGCCGUCGACAAGCAGAGUUUGACAGAAUAAGGACGGCGAGAGAGGAGCGUAUCAGCCAGAUAAUUCGAGCCAGGAAGCAAGAAAGGGAAAUCAAGAGGAAGCAGCUCUAUUACUUGAAAUGUGAAGAAGAAAGGAUAAAGAGGCUGCAGGAAGAAGAGGAAGCUCGCAAGCGUGAAGAAGCUGAGAAACGCAAGAAGGAAGAUGCUGAAAAGAAAGCUAAGUUUGAUGAAAUGGCUGAAAAGCAAAGGCAGAGAGAAAGAGAGGCGGAGGAGAAAGAGAAGCUGAGGCGAGAAGCCCUGUUGAAGGGAAUUGAUGCACCACCUGCUCGCCCUGCAGAGCCUACAGCUGCUCCUGCUCGCCCUGCAGAGCCUACAGCUGCUCCUGCUCCUGCAGCAGCGGCAGCACCAGCAGCAGCGGGUCCUUCUAAAUAUGUUCCUAGGUGGAAGCGUCAAGCUGAGGUCUCAGGCCCACCAGCACCAACACCGGAACCGCCAGCUGCAGAUGACCACUGGGGGAGAAACAGAGGACCACCGCCUCAGAGAUCUACUGACCAUUGGGGCUCUGGUCCUAGAGGAGGCAGUGACCGCCCAAGUGGUGGCGGAGAUGCUUGGCGAAGUGAAGAACGCCGGUCCCCGUUUGGAAGCUCCAGGCCCAGGCCAGCACAGCGUUGAGUACUAUUCUUUUUGGUCCCAAAUCUCUGCAUGGAAUGAGAGUGAUCUCUGAAUUUUUCACAUCACAGGCUGUUGUUCCUCUUUAGCCAAAAUCUUUGUUGUUUUUGAGGAUUGUUGAAAACUUGCUAUGUUUUUACUCUAUGAGGAUUUAAAAACCUGCAUGACUCUUUUUUGCUCUACACAUCAAGAGUUUUUUCUUUUCCAUCUUCACAGUUUAGUUUACCGUUUGGAUCUUUGUUUGUCCAAUUUAAUUGUUACUUUAUGCUGUAAAAACUAAAAACCUUUUGACAUUGAACAGCUUCUCUUUUAUUCAAUUCUUCCUACUGUUUAAUAA